AUGCAAGACGACAGCUUAGAGUCCUCAACUUCAAUAUCUCAGCUUCUGAGAGAAAGUUAUUUAGCUGAAACUAAACAUCGAGGGAACAGUGAAAGAAGCAGAUCAGAGUCCACUUCUCAUAAUUUCCUUUAUGGCAAUACUUGUGGUGAUUCAGAUGAGAUAGCCGCCCAAGAUGACCUUCCAGAUCUCUCUGCCUUUUUGAGCCAAGAAGAGCUAAAUGAAAGUGUAAACCUGGCAAGACAAGCUAUUGAUCAGAAUCCACUCGAAACUAAACAGGAUGAGCUUCAGACACAUUCACAUUAUCCCUCGGAUCAACUGAAAAACAAAGGAAAAAACAAACAAAUGGCCCACUCUACAGCUCUGAAAACAUCAGACAAUGGCCUGCACACAAACUUUUGUCAGGACCAUGUCAGAGAUACAAAAGGCUCCAAAGGGAACUCUCAAGACCUAAAGAAACAACACCUUCCCUCCGAAUCAGAAUCAAAAAAGGAAUUCCUGAACAAGGCAGCAGAUUUUAUUGAAGAGCUCUCUUCACUUUUCAAAGCUCACAACUCUGAAAGAAUAAGACCCCGAACAUGCAAAAACUACAGGAGCAAAAUCGAUUCUAAGAAUAAAUCUGCUCAAAAAGGUAGCUCUAGCCUCUCUAGUACAACAGAAAACAGAGAAAGGCUUUCCAUUCCACUACCUCAAGACCUGGAAAAUAAAGCAGAGAAAGCAUUUGAAAAACUAGAUGAUCAACCAGCAGCAAACCUGGAAUCUAUCAAUCAAUUGACAAGUGCAGAACUAAAAACAGAGUCAGAAUCUGCAUCCAUAUAUUCUGAUGAGCCCAUUGGACAGCCACCACGCUUCACUCAAAAACUGAAGAGCAGGGAAGUUCCUGAAGGAACCAAAGUGCAAUUGGACUGCAUUGUGGUAGGAAUCCCAGCACCUGAAGUCAGGUGGUACUGCGAAGGGAAGGAACUUGAAAACUCACCAGACAUUCAAAUUACCCAGACAGGUGAUCGACACUCAUUGGUUAUUGUUGAGGCUUUUGAGGAGGAUACAGGACGUUACUCGUGCUUUGCUUCAAACAUCUAUGGAACAGACUCCACCUCUGCGGAGAUUUACAUAGAAGGAGUCUCUUCUUCUGACUCUGAAGGUGAAACCAUCAAAGACGAAAUGGAUCACAAUGCAAAGCCAGCUGACACCUCCCUGAAGGCAGCAUCUCCUGCUACUAGAGCUGCAACCAAGCACCAAGAAACCUCCAAGGCACCAUCAGCUGUGGUUCAGCCUGUGUCUGUACCUGUCCAGCCUGUGUCUACGCCAGUUACUCAGGCUCAAAGCCCCACUAACUAUUUGCAAGGAUUGGAUGGAAGACCUAUAGUUGCUGCUCCUGUAUUUACGAAGAUGUUACAGGACAUCUCAGCUUCUGAGGGGCAGCUUGUAGUAUUUGAAUGUCGGGUGAAAGGAGCUCCGUCCCCAAAGGUUGAAUGGUACAGAGAAGGAACACUAAUAGAAGAUUCUCCAGAUUUUCGGAUACUACAGAAAAAACCACGAUCUAUGGCCGAACCAGAGGAAAUUUGUACUCUGGUUAUUGCUGAAGUAUUUUCAGAAGACUCUGGCAGCUUCACCUGUACUGCAAGCAAUAAAUAUGGCACAGUAUCUAGUAUAGCUCGUCUAACUGUCAAAGCAUCUGAAGACAGUAGUAAUGCUGCUGCCCUUCACACAAUGAGCUCAAUCAACUUAGUUGCUGCUGAACAUCAGUCUCCCCCACAUAUUCCUUCCCAACGUGUAAAUCAACCUCCCAAACCUAAACUUGAAGGUGUUCUUGUGAACCACAAUGAACCCAGAUCGAGCUCCAAGAUAGGUCUCCGUGUGCACUUCAAGCUGCCUGAAGACGACAAAGAAAGUGAGUCACCACCAGAGGAUGGACUCGGCACUACAAACCAAACCAGACCCAACUAUUUCCAGGACAGGAUAAAUGGACAGCCAGUGAAAGUACCAGAGCCAACAUCACCAUCCAAGGAACCCCCCCCAGUACUGGCUAAACCAAAGCUUGAUCAGACCCAGUUAAAACAGCUCCACAACCAAGUCUUGCUUGAACAACAGCUUGUGCAUCAGACGUCUACAAGAGAGCUGUCAUUCAACACAGCUUUAUUGAACUCUGCUACUUCAUUCAAUCAACAAUCCACCUCAACCACGUACAAACAAAGCAAAGCCUCUGCUUCACAAGCAUUCAACUAUACCCGACCUAAGCAGUUCCUACCAUCACAGACCCCACCGCCUACCAUUUCCUCUUCUAGCUCCUCGGUGACAAUUUACAGCAGUGUCUCUCAAGGAACUCAAAGAACAAAUAACAAGGAAAAUGUCACGGCAAAUCCUCCACCUACACCAUCAAGGCCAUCAGGAGCAUUUACAAGCAAAAGUGAUCAGUCUCUACCAAGCCCAAAAGAAUCCACGGUGCCUCCGUUAACACUGUCUACAUCCAGUGUAAAACAAUUUCAGCCACAGAGUGUGACUCCUACUCCUGUCUCCCCAACUGGUCGAAUUCCAAAUCCAGUAGCUUUCCUUAGCGCUGUUCUUCCUUCACUUCCUUCUGCACCAUCAACCAAUGCUAUGGGGCUGCCCAAAAGUACACCAGUCACCUCAACCCAGGGAUUAACAAAGAAAAAUCUGAAGCCUCUGCCAUUAGCAACAGAUGAUUCUAUUCGGGAAAAUAAAGCUGCACUUGUAAAGGACCUGGAAAGAAAACUACAUUUCAGAGAGGACAUUAAUCAACAAAGUAGUCAGCAGGAAUACAGGAUUUCAAGCUUUGAGCAGAGGCUGAUGAACGAAAUAGAAUUUCGCCUUGAACGCACCCCAGUGGAUGAAUCAGAUGAUGAAGUGCAACAUGAAGAAAUCCCUACAGGCAAAUACAUAGCACCCAUCUUUGAUAAGAGACUCAAGCAUUUCCGGGUAAUGGAAGGAUCUCCUAUCACAUUCACUUGCAAAAUUGUUGGAAUACCUGUUCCCAAGGUAUAUUGGUUCAAGGAUGGCAAGCAGAUUUCAAAGAAAAACUCACGUUUCAAAAUGAGCAGAGAGGGAGAUGGAACAUGUUCUUUACAUAUUGAAACUUCUACUAAUGAUGAUGAUGGAAACUAUACCAUUAUGGCUGCAAACCCACAAGGAAGAGUCAGUUGUUCAGGCCACCUGAUGGUUCAGAGUAUCCCUGUUCGGGGCCGAAUAUCAACAAUUCAGCCUCACAGAACACGAUCCCGGGUACCAGAGGGAGACAGAGAAGCAGUUCAAGAACGCUUUUUCAGGCCCUAUUUUCUACAGGCUCCAGGUGAUAUGGUAGCACACGAAGGGCGACUUUGUAGAUUGGAUUGUAAGGUGAGCGGGUUACCAACGCCAGACCUGACGUGGCUUCUGAACGGCAAACCUGUAUUACCAGAUGGCACCCACAAGAUGCUGGUCAGAGAGACUGGAGUUCACUCUCUGCUCAUUGAUCCUCUCUCACAAAAUGAUGCUGGAACUUAUACUUGCCUUGCCACUAAUAGAGCAGGACAAAAUUCAUUUACUCUGGAGCUGACUGUUGUAGCAAAGGAAGUAAAAAAAGCCCCCAUGUUUUUGGAGAAGCUUCAGAACUGUGGUGUUCCAGAAGGGUACCCGGUCAGAUUAGAAUGCAGGGUUGUGGGAAUGCCACCCCCCAUAUUUUACUGGAAGAAGGAUAAUGAAACCAUCCCAUCAAACAGAGAGAGGAUGAGCAUGCACCAAGAUACAACCGGGUAUGUCUGCCUUCUGAUUCAGCCUGCCAAGAAAGCCGAUGCGGGCUGGUAUACCUUGUCUGCAAAAAAUGAAGCUGGUAUUGUCUCUUGUACUGCUAGACUUGACAUAUACGCUCAGUGGCACCAUCAAAUUGCACAGCCAAUAAAGCUUCGACCUGGUGGUGGUCGGUAUGCAAACCUUACUGGUCAAGGACUCGAGAUUUUUUCUGCCUUUCCAACUACUGAAAGCCCUAUGCUGUUUUCAUCCCCAACCCAAAAGGUGGUGGAAAGUGAAGAACUUUGAAAAAUAUAAGCAAACAAUGGUUCCAGUUACACCUGCAGAAAUACUAGAACUGUGAAAAAAAAUAAAGAGGUACAAGCCGAGAUGCCAAGGUUUACAAGAAACCUGUUUGUAAUUAAGUGUACUGCUGCUGUGAAUUUUGCAAGUAACAUAUACAAGACUUUUGCAUAGUAUUUUACUGCAGGAUAAUUGUGGUAUGGAGUGUUGUGCAAUAAAUUCAGUACUGUGUAGUUUGCUAAGAAUUACAUAGUAAACAUAGUUUUCAGCACUUAAAAGCCAAUACCACUUCUGCUUGAAUUAAAGCUACUGUGUUGUAGCAAGCCAUGUUAAGGAUUGAUGAUGUUUAGCUGGAAAACUACCAGUGAAAACAUCAACACUACAGUAACAACAAUCCUGAAUGAGGGUAAACAACAUGACUUUGAAUGUAAUUCUAAAAAAAUGCCAAAAAAUCACAAAGCACAAGUAAAAGGGAAAAGAUGUAACUCAUUUUUAUAUAUGAUUAUGCCAGAUAAUUUUAGAAUUGUUGGACUCAUGACUAGAUAAGUAGAGCAUUUCAUGUAGGUACAGGUGUGUACCCUAUAUAUUUAUAUUUGUGUGUGUGUGUACUCCAUGAACCGUGUACUCAUGGUGUAAUGAUUCAUAAAGUAAGGUACAGGACACGUGCCUAGGACUCUAACAUAGGAAACUAAACUUCCUGUAGUCUGAAGCAUCUUCUGUAGAACUCAUAGCUGAAAGUAUUUUCCAGAUGUGCUUCAUAUUUUUUCUUUACAUUGAUAGUGAUUCUCUGCCUUUAAACACAGAUUAUAUCAAACUUUUAUCUUCAGGGUUUGCAAAUAUCAAUCUCUUUCUCCUCAUUUUUAAUGUGACUGAAAGAAAAGUAUCUACCAGCUAGUUUGCUUUUUAACUAACUGGAAAGGAAUUAUGAUUCAAUAGAAUUAAAUGAUUUCACCAUCAUUUAGGAAACAAUCACAAGUGUGGUGUCUACUAUUAAGACAGAGGAAAUUCCAUUAACAAAAAGUUAUUCAUAACAAAAAGUUAUGAAUUCAAGCAACAAUUAUGUACAAAGAGCUAAAAAGCCCUACUGUAUCUAAUAGUAGUAGCAAAUAAGGCAAUUUAAUGAAGGUGCAACAGAAGGUGCUGAGAACACAACUGAUUUAAUUUAAUUUAGCAUCUAAACAGUUGUACAGCACUUAGAAUCUGGGAAUAUCUAAGAUGAUUUCUUGCACCUUUAUGUUAUUGCUAUCUCUCUUCUUUAGACAUUGUUUUCAAGCAGUUCUUGCUUCCUGCUUUCAACAUGGCUGAAGUGUAUACAACAAAGUCCUGACCAAAGUCUCAGAGAUGAAAAAUUAACAGAUACUAUCAUUUUAGAUCUUAUUUGGAUUUUUUUCAAUACUUAGUGUAACUUAAAAAUUGCAAAUGCAAAGAAAACAAUGAGGAGUUAUCUUGAGAGCAAACCAACACUAGAUAUAGCCAGAGACUGAGAAAGAGAAAGCCUCUCACCUCUUGGUUUCCUACGAAAACAACUUUUGAUGUUGUUUUCUAACACUUAACUGUUGGUUCCCUAAGGGUUCAGGGGAAGUGAGUUUAUAGUAGUGUUCCACUUCCUGUCUGAGUGGAGACCAUACCACAACCACCAUUACAACUUCAGUGCCUUUGCUAGAAAUCUCAAGUGAUUCAGCCCAGACUGAGCAGACCAGGAAGCUAAGAUAUACUCCUAUCCUGAACGACAAAACAAGGUACAGUGACUUCAGUGGGAAAGCAGAAAUGCCAGUUGUUGCUGAUGUUGCAUCUCCUCCCUGGCAAACAAAAUAAAACUACUAGCUAUUAAAAGUGAUACACUGAUUAAAGUGACAUCAGUUAUGGGAUGCCUGAUUUAAGACAAAUUGUGGGUCUCCAGGAUAGAGAACCCGUUGUUCCUCCAAUCCGUUUGUUUCUAGGAUGGCUUAGGGAUUCGAAAGCUAAACUUAGAGAGAGUCAAACUUGGGCAACCCAAAAUUUAAAGUUUCCCAUGUCAGUAACUUCUCUUGGGAAAAUAAUACAAGGGAAGUUUUUAGUUUUUGCUUACUUAAUCCAGUGCUGUUGGGAAGUGGGAAGAGAGGAAAUUAAGACACAAAAGGUAAUGUUCAACCUCCAUCUACAGCCCUGGUCUUCCCAUUACUUCAUGACAGAACUGAAAAGUGGAUUUUGAUCCAAGGUAUUCAAAACCGGAUAUUGUUCAUCAGGCUUUCCACCUAGUAUAGGCUCAGUUGAGCUGUUUUCCUGUCUAGCACUCCACUGUGGCCCCCUUGCCUGGCUUUAUGUAAGGGGUUGGACCAGAUGACUUCCUGUGGUUCCUUCCAACCUAAAUCAUCCUAUACUUCCUAAAUUCUUUUACUUUCCACUGCCUGUCUGAAUAUCCUGUACAGAUUAAGUUACUGACUGAGUAGAAACUAAGAAGCACAAGCUUCUCCUUUUUCACUGUGAUAUAUUCCACUAGUCUUGAUACCUGAUUUCUUUACACAGUUUAGAAGAAAGGAAGAGUAGUACUUAUUACUAGCAAAUACCUGACUACCAGUGCUAGAAUCAUACUUGUUAAUAUUACUGAUGUUAGCAGUGAUUCUCACAUUUUAUAACAUCAGACAACAUGCCCAAGAACUUGGUACAAAUCAAAGGACAAUGUGCACAGAAAGAAGAUUUUUUCAAUGAUUUCAUUGAAAUAUCUCCUGCCUUACAUCAUUAUAACCUGAACAGACAAGCGGAAAGUUAAAUGGUACACAAUUUUUUAAAAUGCACACACAUUUGUUUUUGGAGGUGGGAAAGACAAAAAGCUACUGCUGAAAGACUUUUCCCAAAAAUCUGUAUAAGAAGGAUUAAUUCUUAGUCAUUCAACAAGAGGCCCCAGAAGUCCCAUUGAGAAAUAGGCUACAGAGAGUGGGUCACCAGAAUCUGUCAGCUGAACUAUAACGUUAUCUUCAUGAUGGUAUUUACUAACAAAAAGAUCAAAACUUUAUCUACCAUACCUCCCCAUGUAAUGCAUAAGUCAGUAGAAUUACUUUCAGUGCAUCUGACACAAACAAAAUCAGUAUCUGGUCCCAAAUGGUCUGUAGUCAUUAAUUUUUGCUCAUUAACUGCUACAACACAUUUCUCUUCUGCAUAUACUGAGCCCAUAAAAUAAGUGCGUAAAGGAAGCUUAUGUGAAUGGAUGUAAAUGCUGUUAAUUAGUAAUACUGAUGUGCUCAUCACAAAGAAGAUGCACAAAUGAUGCUUUUGUUGACUGAUGGAAAAGCCAAGGGGAAAAAUCACUUGUGUAAGCAGAAGAGACAACACUGAGUUUUCACAAAACUUGAUGUUUGAGUUCAUGUGCCGUGAAGGUAUCAUACUGUGUCAAGACACACCAGAGACUAUGCAAUUGUGCUCUCUUCCUGAACAGCUUGUCUUUUCAUUGUUUUGUUCAAUUGAAUAGCUGAUUUCACACUUCACGCUAACACGGUAUUUCAUUCUCUUAUUCAGGACAGGCUACUACAACAACAAGAAUCAAUGUUAGAGCCUUUACUGAAGUCAUUGUUAGCUAUUAUCUUCCACAAAUCCAGUAAAACACCACAAUGUGAAGCAUAACGUUAUAUCAAUGAGAUACAGAAAUGCUUAUUUUUGUAAACUUUCACUAACAGGUCAUUUUCUGAUUCAGAAUCUUGUAGGUUUAUUUAAUGUCUUGAUCUGUUCUAGUCCUGGUUACGUAGAUGACCAGAGGCACCAUAUAUUUCAAACCAUAUCAGAAAUCACAAUUUCUAUGUUGUAAUUCUAGAAGGCUAAAGUAUUAUUUUGGCUUUAAAAUUUUGGUCCACCUUGGUACAGACCCAGUCCUCAGCAGCAUCAUAGAGCAGUCUGCAUUGAACUGACAGACUUCUUGCCUUAAAACAGCUGGAUUGAGAUCAUUUGCUUCCAUAUGGAAGGUGGAGCAUACCUUCUGAAUGCCUCACGUACACUAACAUGAGAAGAGGAGAGCACACUUCAGAAUACAAAAAGCCAAGUCUGCAGUCUUUUAUUUAAUACGUAAACAAUUGCCAAUUGCAACUGUUUACAGUAAUGAUAGAUACUGCAAAGAAACAAAUCUGGAAUGAGAAUUCCUAUAAGAACUGCGUUCUUACUGCUACAAUGGUAAAAAAGCAUUAGUUUCUGGAAAAUGUCUUCAUACAAAAUGAUUAGCAAGAUCUAAUGAAACAUUUUAAUUAUUAAAUAUUGAAGAAGUGAUUCACUGUUAAUUGCCUUACUAUUUCCAAUACAUAGAUGUUCACUUUGAGCCUUAAAAUUCUAUUUUAUAAGUUUUUCUUGAUUAAAGUUGAUAUUUUUUAUUUUUUGAUCCAAAAUUAUUCUCUAUGGGAAAGAAAAAUGUUAAUAUCAGUUUUAAAGGACAUUUUAAAUGCAUAUAAAUGGAAAAAAUAAACAAACGCCUGACUGUUUAGUAAUGUACUUCCCUUCAUCUCACCUGAACUUAAAUAAAUGCUUCAGAGUUGC